AUGAGUCUCAGGUCCACGGUAGUGUUCAUCAUCUGCGUUGGAAUUUAUUCACCGAGCAUUCGACUUAUUUUGGCUCAUCAGCCUCCAUCGUCAGAAGAUUGUGUGCAGCAAAAUGGCUAUCAACUGGAAGAGUUUCAGACAGAGAAAAAUGAGGAUUCGCAGACCAUUUCCUGGUUGACUUUGAACGGUGCUUCGCAAAUAACAUUACAUGCAGGAGUUCUAAGAUGUUUUCCUAGUUUGAAGGAGCUAAGCGUCACCAACAGUGAUUUAACAGCUAUCGAUAAGGAUGCGUUUCAACCAGUUUCUUCAUUAUGGACGCUAAAUAUCAGCCAUAAUUCUUUAAAUUCACUGCUGGAUGGUGGAACAUCAGUACUUCGGGGCUUGUUUUUGUUACAUCACAUGGAUUUAAGCCACAAUAGAUUACAAGUGUUACACACCAACCAAUUUCGCGAUUUACACAGUCUAACAGAGUUGAUUAUUUCGAGCAAUGGUUUAAAAACGAUCCACGCUAAAGCGUUCCUGGGCUUGUGGAACUUGAAAUUGUUGGAUCUAGCUCAAAACAAGAUCGAUUAUUUACCUAGCGGGAUGCUAUCUCACAGUAAAAAGCUAAAAGUGUUAUCGCUAAGAGAUAAUCGGAUUAAAUAUUUUAGCAGUCGUACUUUCAGAGGACUGGAAGCGCUGGAGGAGUUAGAUUUGAGUGAUAACGAAAUUUCAAGCCUACCGAAAACAACGUUCAUAUCAGUGACCCAGUUGAAGGUGCUUCUUUUGAAUGGCAACGGAUUGGAGAAGCUUGAGGAGUCUGUGUUCAGUUCCCUGGUACACCUCGAAUAUUUAAACAUAGCCGAGAACAAAAUCACCGAACUGUCACCAGCAUUAUUCAAUCCAUUGAAAAGGUUGAAAUAUUUUAACGCUCAAGCAAACCAGCUGAUGUCAAUAUCAAGCGAACUUUUCAACGAAAACUUGUUGAUGGAAGAGAUUAGCUUCAGUGAUAAUAAGAUUAUUACCAUUCCAUGUGAUUCAGUGGCUAAUCUACGAUUUUUGAAAAGUAUUGAUCUUACGAAUAACCUGCUGGAUUUUAGUUUUUGUCUAGAGUUUGCAGAUAACACCAGUGUUAAUAUGUAUCUGAGCGGUAAUAAAUUAACACAGACAUCAUUUAUUGGGAACGUAACAUAUCUGACGAUGGCACAGAACGAUAUAAUUGAGAUACCAAAUCACGCAUUUGUUCUCAAUCCAGAUGUUCGAAGUAUAUUUCUGGAGCAAAAUCACAUCGUUAGAAUAGCACCGUUUGCAUUCGCUGGGGUUUCUCAGUUGGAAGAGCUUGAUCUUAGUUAUAACCCGAUCGGACAAAUAGAUUCCCACUUUCUUCAAUCUCUUCAUCACUUAAGAAUUCUUGGAAUGGAUAAUAUUGAACUUGAACGAUUGCCAAAUGACUUUUUCUCCUCUCAGAAGGAGUUGUCGUCACUUCGGUUGGGAAACAAUUCAUUGGGUCAUCUUCCGGAACGAAUUUUCGAAGGACUUGGAAAUCUUCGAUAUCUUGGCUUGGAGAGCAAUGAAUUGUCAAUUAUAUCUAGAGAGCAGUUUAAAGGAUUAUUUGAGUUGAGCAGUCUCUACCUUUACGACAAUGAGUUAGAGUGCUUGGAAGAUGAACAGUUUGAAGAUUUAAUAAAUCUAGAGUUAUUGGCACUGCACAACAAUAAACUAACAGAAAUUAACGAUGUGGUAUUUAGUAACAUGCAGCGCUUGGAAAAGAUUGGUUUGCAUAACAAUAGCAUUCGAUUGGUUUCAUCGGGAGUUUUUCGAGCACUUCAACAAUUAAAAGUUGUCCAUUUGUAUGACAAUUACAUUGAUAUAUUGCCGUCGAAUAUAUUUGAGAAAAAUGAUCAACUAGAGGAGGUUGUUCUCAGAAACAAUUUGAUAAUUGAUCUUCACAGUAACACUUUCAGAAAUCUGUCCAGAUUGCAGAUUCUGGAUCUUUCAGGAAACAAGAUUCAAAAAAUAGAUUCCAAUUCAUUUUUAUACUGCGAGCAAUUAAAAGAACUGUGGCUGUCAGGAAACGAUAUCAGAACGGUAAACAAAGCUGCUUUCCGUGGAUUGCAAAAACUGCAGAUGCUAGAUUUGGGCAACAACAAAAUGACAACUAUCGAAGACGAAACAUUUGAAAACAUGGGACUACUAAAGAGAUUAUAUCUUGGAAGUAAUCACAUUCACACGAUAUCUACAGUUCAAUUUAACUCGUUAGUAAGUCUGCAAGUGUUGUCCUUGUUCAACAAUAACAUUGAGGUUAUCAAAACUGAAGUAUUCAGCAACAAUUGGCUGUUAGAAGAGCUGUAUUUGGAUGGAAAUCAGAUAGCCGAUAUAUCCUCCAGGGCAUUUAUUGGAUUGGAUAAUUUGAAAUUUUUGUCGUUAUCUGAGAACAACAUAUUAUUUCUUCAGCAGAAUAUGUUCCUGAAUAGUGAAAAGAUCAAAAUCCUAGAAGUUAACGAUAACAACCUUACUUCAAUUCCAGAGAGAUUACUGCUACCCCUUAAGGAGCUGGAAGAACUAUAUUUGGAAAAUAAUCGUUUAUCUCAACUUCCCGAAUACAUUUUCAUCAAAAACUCACGUAUAAAAGUUCUGAACAUUGCCGGAAAUAACUUGAGCUCAUUUGACGUUUUAAAAAGUGUAUUUUUCGACAGCAUAGAAGUCUUGGAUGUCCAAGGAAAUAAUUUACUCGACAUACAGAUUCCACGCAAUUUGAUCAAGCUCUUCGCUCAGAAUAAUGACAUCAACACCGUUUUCAUCGAACGUGCAUCCUUUCAUCGGCUGGAAAUUCUGAACCUCAGCAACAACCAACUGUCUAGAGUCGACAAAGUGUUUAAACUGAUUCGCCUGCAAUCACUGGACCUGUCAAUGAACACCAUCGAAAAGCUGGACGUCAGUCGACUGUAUAAACUACCGUACCUGAAUAGCUUCAACGUUUCCGGAUGUGGAAUAAACAAUUUAACCGGAGUACUGUAUAAACAGCAUCCUUCACUGGUGUCGUUUGAUUUAUCAAACAAUGAUAUACUUCAGUUUGAUCAUUUUAUUCCAAUCUACUUCACGUCACUGCUGGAGUUGGGUGUCAAGGGCAAUCCUUUCGUGGAUGACGAAUUUCUCGAUAACAUCAAGCUGCUGAGAGACAUCGACGCUUUGCAGGCGGACUUGCGCAUUUUGGCUCUAGUCCUGGUUGCAACUUUGGUCCACGCAGAUUAUGGAGAUCGCUAUAGUUGCCAAUCGGGAAGGAAAGAAUGCAUACUGACAAAUUUAAACUAUGAAACUCGCGAUGCAGUUGCUGGCGUUACUAUCGACGGUGGAUCUGGACCAUUUCUGGACAUUGAGUUCGUGGAUUCCUCAUUUCCGAUAAUUCCUCCGUCGUUAUUUCGAGACAAUGAUAACGUUCGUUUAUUAUCGGUAAAGGAGUGUGAAAUUCAGGCACUUGAGCCAAAAACAUUUGAGGGAGCGCGCGAAUUAAGGUUUCUAAAAAUUCAGAAGAAUGGAAUAUCGAAGUUGUUCAACGAUAUGUUCAAGGAUACGAAACUGUCUAAGGUUAAUUUUGGUGGAAAUCGUAUCACUGAAGUAGAGGAGUUCACCUUUAGGGGAUGUGGCGAGUUGGAUACGUUGAAAUUGUCAAAAAACAGGAUUAGGACUUUGCCGUCAAAACUUUUUAGUGGCCUGAGCAGGUUGGAAGAACUGAAUAUAGAUCAUAAUCGAAUUGAGGAACUGGAAGAACAGCUGUUUCGUGACCUGACAAAUCUAAGAGAACUGAAGUUGAAGGGUAAUUUUAUACAGAUCUUAAAGGCUGACACAUUCACAGGUUUGACCAGUUUAAAAAAGUUAGAUUUGAAGGAAAAUGAACUAUCAGUAGUCGAUCCCAAGACGUUCUAUCCAUUACAAAACCUGAUGGAGCUCGAUUUGGAGGAUAACAAUAUCCAUACCAUAAAUCCGGAUUUAUUUUCUAAACUCGUUAACCUCAAGCAGUUGAUUUUGACGGAAAAUUAUAUCGAACGAUUGGACGAUCAAACUUUUGAGCACAACGGAAUGCUGCAAACGCUUGUUUUGAAUAAUAAUUCGAUUGAAAUUUUAAAACCGGAGCUGUUCAAUCCGCUUCGUCGUUUGGAACAACUAUCGAUUCAGUUCAAUGAAAUCAGCAGCCUGGAUAACAAUUUGUUCGUGAAUAAUGCGGAUUUGGACACGCUACAUUUCGAGGGAAAUAUUAUUAGUAAAAUUGCACCGCAGACGUUUGCGAACUUGCGACGUCUGGAAAUCCUCGAUCUGGACGAUAAUGAUCUUGCAGCUAUUGAGCCGGGUACGUUUAGCGAUCUUAGUUCGUUGGAAAAACUAUUCUUAGAUAACAAUCUUUUUCGGGAGCUAAAAGCUGGGUCUCUUCGAGGAGCAAGCAAUUUAAGGAAGAUUUAUAUCAAAGAUAAUCUGAUUAGAACAAUCGAUAGUGCGUUCUUCAAUGAUGUUCCCCAAGUUCGAACUAUUUCGUUAGAGGACAACUUGAUUGCGUCGUUACCGAACGAUUUAUUUUCUAGUUUGAGAAGUUUGGCGGAAUUAUCUCUAAGUGAUAAUAACUUACAGAAUAUUGAUGACUCCGUCUUUCGACCAGUAUCCAACACGUUAGAGGAAUUAUACCUAGGGAAUAAUAGGCUGACUACGAUUGGUUCAUCUGUUCUGAACUUGGGAUCCCUGGAGUGUUUGGAUCUUUCAGCAAACUAUUUUGAAAACUUACCAGCCGAUGUUUUCGACCACUUGAGACGGUUGGAAUCUUUGGAUUUGGAUGACAAUUUGCUCACUGGCAUUCCGAGUGCCGUUGCAAAAUUAACAAAUUUAAAAGAGUUAGAAUUAGCUUCUAACAAAAUUUCCAGCCUAGAUUUCCAAGUUUUGAAAUCCCUAACAAAUUUAAAAGAGCUGGAUCUGUCGGAGAACCGACUUACGGAAGUUUCCGCAGACGCAUUUAGCUCCUUACGCUCUCUCAAGAAGUUAUAUUUGGAUGAAAACCGCAUCCACCGCAUCGCAGAUGCAGCUUUCGUUCAAAAUAAAAAUAUGAAAAAGUUAGAUCUUAGCUAUAACAAACUACCACAAGUCAGUUCCAAUAUGCUUUCGGGUUUGUACAGCUUGGAAGAUUUGGAUUUAAGCGACAACCCUGUUGAGCGAAUGGAAGAGCGAGCCUUUCGCGAUCUUUACAAGCUGGAAACACUUUCGUUGGAAAAUACUAGUUUGACGGCCUUACCGGGUAGUUCAUUUUACAACUUGGCCGCACUGGAGGAGCUUGACUUGGAUUCUAACAAGCUAACCGAGAUUAGUGAAAUUUCUAUGAGAGGACUCGAGAGUUUGGAAGAUCUUCAUCUUAAUUUCAAUCCUUUGGCUAACAUUCAGCCGAAUUCUUUUCACCAGCUAGGAAAUUUGAAGGUUUUCAGUAUUGGCCCAAGUGAGCUUGUUGUUUUGGACAAAAACCUCUUGAAGAAUGCCUUGCGACUGGAAGAACUGUAUCUUCACGGAGUUGAAUUUUCUUCGCUUCCGCGCGGAUUUCUACGGUCGAACCGCAAACUGGAGAUACUGUCUAUUAACAACAACAAAAAAUUAGCUUCGAUCGAUGGAGAUUGGUUUGUUGAUUUGCCGAAUCUUCGCGUACUAAAUUUAUUCAACAACAGUAUUGCCAAUUUUCAGCCCGGCGUAUUUGAUUUGUUGCUUGACUUGGAGGAUUUAUUUUUGUCCGAUAAUUCGGUUCAAAAAUUGGAUGGAAAUUUAUUCGAUAAAAUGCUACGUUUGGAAUCAUUAGAGCUGGCUGGAAUGUCGUUAUCCACACUUCCGACCGGAAUAUUCAAUAAUUUGUUGGAUUUGGAGGAGCUUGAUUUGAGCCGUAACCAAUUAAGUUCCUUAGCUGGGCCGAUUUUUGAAAACUUGCAUUCCUUAGAGGAACUGUCACUAGCUGAGAAUGGAAUCGGCUCUCUGAGCCCGGAGUUGUUCCGAUCGCUACGAAAUCUCAACCAACUGGACUUGAGCAAAAACAUUCUAACUACGUUAGAUUCUCGUCUUUUUGAGAAUUGCCUUGACCUAGAAUCAUUGAAUUUAGCGGGCAAUAGGUUUGCAUCUUUUAACCUACCUACGAUGAGCUUUGCAAGAACCCUAGAAGAGUUAGAUAUUUCACAAAACGUGCUAACUUCUCUUAUUAUCACAGAAGAUCUAUACAUAUUGUAUGCUGAUGAAAAUCAAAUCAGCCAAAUAGAGGCUGAAGAAUCUUCUUCAUACAAUCUAGAUCUGUUGUCGGUGUCCAAUAAUCGUUUUACAAACAUCGAUUCUAUCUUCCGAUUCAACAACUUAGAAUCUUUGAACGUAUCCCUCAACAACCUCCAGCAGUUGGAGUUGGGUCGACUAACAUCCGCACUGGAUGAAUUGGAGGUAUUGAAUGUGUCUAACUGCAAUAUUGCCAACUUUAACUUGCAAGGUUUGACGGUGCAUGAAUCUAUGAAAUACCUAGAUAUUUCUGACAAUGAGCUCCCAUCCUUGGAUUUGGAGCAGCUUGCCAACUUUCCAGAUUUAGAAAUGUUUGUAUUUGGCGGAAACGAAUUCGAUCAAUUGGAUGUUGAUAAGUUGGCGCAUUACUUUAAAGAUUUGGAACUGAUCGGUAUUGAAGGAACCGAAUGGAAUUGUGCUCAACUUGAAAAAGCACUAAAUUUUUCUGAUGAAAACGACAUUGAGCUUUGGAGACUUCAAGGAGCGCAGGCCUGUUCAGGGAAAAGUGUUAGAGAUUAUUGCUGUAAGUAA